AUGGAGCCAGUCAAUGAUACACAAAUUUCAGCAUUUCUUCUUCUGGGAUUUUCAAAAGAGCCAGAACAGCAGCCCCUCAUAUUUGGGCUUUUCCUCUCCAUGUACCUGAUCACUGUGUUUGGAAACCUGCUCCUCAUCCUGGCUGUUGGUUCUGACUCUCACCUCCACACCCCCAUGUACUUCUUCCUUACCAACCUGUCCUUUGUAGACAUCUGUUUCACCACCACUACCAUCCCCAAGAUGCUAUGGAAUAUUCAGACUAAGAGCCAAGUCAUAACAUAUGCAGGCUGCAUUACUCAGAUGUACUUUUUCACACUCUUUGCUGUGUUGGAUGUCCUUCUCUUGAGUAUGAUGGCUUAUGACCGCUUUGUGGCCAUCUGUCACCCCCUUCACUACAUGGUCAUCAUGAAUCCCCUGCUCUGUGGACUGCUGUUUCUGGUGUCCUGGAUCAUCAGUGUCUUGCAUUCCCUGUUACACACUUCCAUGGUGUUGCAGCUGUCUUUCUGUACAGAGGUCGAAAUCCCCCAUUUUUUCUGUGAACUCAAUCAAAUGAUACAACUUGCUUCUUCUGACACCUUUCUCAAUAACAUGGUAAUGUAUUUUGCAGCUAUGUUGCUGGGUGGUGGUUCCUUUCUUGGGAUCCUUUACUCUUACUCUAAGAUUGUCUCUUCUAUAUGUGAAAUAUCCUCAGCUCAGGGCAAGUAUAAAGCAUUUUCCACUUGCGCAUCUCACAUAUCAGUUGUCUCCUUAUUUUAUUUUACGAGCCUAGGAGCGUACUUUAGUUCUGCUGCUACCCAGAGCCCCCACUCAAUUGCAAUAGCCUCAGUGAUGUAUGCAGUGGUCACACCCAUGCUGAACCCCUUCAUCUACAGCCUGAGGAACAAAGACAUAAAGAAGGCUUUGAUUAGAAUAAUUGGGAUUCCAGAAGAAGAAGAAAGUGAGAGGGGAGCAAAAGGUAUACUGGAGAGAAUUAUUGGGGAGAAUUUCCCCAAUAUGGCAAAGGGAACGAGCAUCAAAAUUCAGGAGGUUCAGAGAAUGCCCCUCAAAAUCAAUAAGAAUAGGACCACAUCCCGCCAUGUGGUGAUCUGUGAAAGAUUAAUUACUACUGUUAAAACCAUGGUGAAACGACAGCAGCAGCAUAUCCACAAGGAAUUAGAAUUGUACAUGAAACUUUUGAUUUAA